AUGAGCACAGAGGAGGGAGAGGCGGGUCCAGCUUGUGCAGAGGCGAGGGGAGGCACUGCCAUCAUCCACCGCCACACCUGGGAGGAAGGCGAACCGCACGGCUCCCAAGGACGUCCGCAUCCCGACGAUGAGGACGAGACGGAGCAGGGAGAGGAGCAAGAGGAAGGAGAGGGCCGGAGCUGUAGGGAUACAUGUGGGGGAACCGCAGAGAAAUUCAAUGGAGAGAACAACGGGGGGAAUUUUUCCAGUGAGGAUGGGGCGGUCGGGGGCACAUCGUGCAAGACGCAGGCGAUGCAUUCAAACUGCAGCAGCGAAACCUGCAUCCCCACUCCCAGCUGCCGGAUCUGCUUCCAAGGCGCAGAGCAGGGCGACUUGUUGAACCCAUGUCGGUGUGACGGCUCAGUGCGUUACACCCACCAGCACUGCCUGCUGAAGUGGAUCAGUGAGAGGGGCUGCUGGACCUGUGAGCUCUGCUGCUAUCGCUUCCACGUCAUCGCCAUCAACAUGAAGAGACCAUGGCAGUGGCAGUCCAUCACCAUCACCCUGGUGGAGAAGGUGCAGAUCAUUGCUGUGUUCCUGGGCUCAUUGUUUUUGGUGGCCAGCAUCUCCUGGCUGCUGUGGUCGGCUCUCAGCCCGCAGGCCGUCUGGCAGCGCCGCGACAUCCUCUUUCAGAUCUGCUACGGCAUGUACGGCUUCAUGGACCUGGUCUGCGUAGGCUUGAUUGUCCAUGAGGGGGCAGCAGUGUACAAUGUCUUCAUGCGGUGGCGGGCCGUAAACCUCCACUGGGACGUUCAGAGCUAUGACAAGGCCAAGGACAUGGAGGAGACGAGCACCGGUCACUCCUCGUUGGCCCCCAGGACGCUUUGGUUGCCCCUGGUCACCUUUGGGCCCAGUGGCCCCUUACAGUCCACCCACCUGGGACCGCAGCCAUGGACUUGCCUCUGUUUGGCCCCCUUCUGUCCCAGGCUAGUGGCCCGAAACAACCUCAGUCAGGACAGUGAGUCAGGAGAGGUCGUUAUUCGUGUAACAUCGGUCUAA